AUGUGUACAGACAACCGUGCUCAUGGUCUGCCACCGGCUCCUAUACGAGGUCUUCUGUCAACCGGUAGCCACGGCGGCCAUCACCUGGCUAGCCCUAUCAUGGGUUCUGGCCAGACAGCUACAUUGGGCAACAGUUUCUCAGCGCAACAAUCGCGCUGGGACCUCAGCCACGAUUCACCGGGUACUGUUAGCCAUACAGGGCGACUGACCUGGGCAUCCGUGGGUCGGGGAAGCCAGGCCUGCCUACCUGGUGGUGGCGACUCCUCGUUGUCUCGGGGUUCAGUUUCGGUUUCCAACGCAAGCGCUAGCGAAGGGGCUACGCCAAGGCAAAGGGGUGUCUUUAUUGCUGAUGCUGCUUCCGCUGGGCAAACUCUAUUGCCGGUUAAUACAGUAGAAGCUGCGCUCGACCAGGGCCUGUUGCCAACACCGGUCUCAAGUGCAGCCUUAAUAAACUCCGUCCGCGAGACCUCAUCUCUUUGGUAUCGGCCAAAUCUGCAGAGAGCUGAGGGUUAG